GUCUGCAGCUGGAUAUGUCUCAGUUUUUCCGGCUAACUCAGUUUGUGAUUCACUCCAGUCCAGUAGAUGGCGGAAGAACCCCGACAGUUGUUUUUCUAACCGCCAUCAAACAAGAUGAAAGAAGAGCUGAUAAUCCGAGAGCCCAGUUCGAUGUUCAUCAUGAGAGAGCAGGUGGAUGUGAUUCAUGCUGGAGAGAUGUUGCAGACACCAGUGAAGAUUGAAGUGAAGCAGGAGGUAAAAGAAGAACAACAGACCGAUGAAGAUGAUGAAGAAAACACAACAGAGAAACAACAGAAAGAUGAAGAUGAUGAAGAAAACACAACAGAGAAACAACAGAAAGAUGAAGAUGAUGAAGAACAGCAGAUGCUGCAGACAUCAGUGAAGAUUGAAGUGAAGCAGGAAGAGGUAAAAGAAGAAAACACAAGAGAGGAACAACAGAGUGAUGAAGAUGAUGAUGACUUUAUUCCUUCAGACCUGGUGGAAGUGAAAGAGCAACGUCAAGAGAUGACUAAGAAGAAUUUCUUACUAAAAAAGCCUCAAAAAAGAGCAGCCAAAAAUGCUGUCACCUGCUCUCAGUGUGGAAAGAUUUUCACCUAUAAAUGCCUGCUUAAAAUACACAUGAGAAUUCAUACUGGAGAGAAGCCUUAUACGUGCCAUCAGUGUGGGAAACGUUUCAAUAAUAAAGGACACCUUGAUGUGCACAAGAGAAUUCACUCUGGAGAAAAACCUUACACAUGUAUUCAGUGUGGAAAAAGUUUCACGCAAAAAGAAUAUCUUAAUGCUCACACAAGAAUACACACUGGAGAGAAGCCUUACACUUGCAAUCAGUGUGGAAAAGGUUUCUCACAGAGAGGAAGUCUUAAUGUACACAUGAGAAUUCACACAGGAGAAAGGCCUUUCACAUGCCAUCAGUGUGGAAAAAGUUUUGCAUAUGCAGAUUAUCUAAAAAAUCAUCUCCAUUGUCACUCUGGAGAACGGCCAUUUGAAUGUGAUAAGUGUGAUAAAACAUUUGCUCUGUCCCGAUCUCUAAAAAAACAUCUGAAAACUCACAAAAAUGAGAAGCCUCACAAUUGUUCUUUUUGUGGCAAAAGCUUUGCGCGCCUGUUCUAUUUUAAAGAGCACCAGAAAAUUCAUACCGGCGUGGGGGCACAUAUGUGCUUUGAAUGUGGGAAGAUCUUUAUUACAGCCAGCGACUUGAAAGAGCAUCAAAGAAUUCAUACUGGAGAGAAACCAUACAAGUGUUCACACUGUGGAAAGAGUUUCACUCUGUCACAACAUUUAAAAAAUCAUGAGAGAAUUCAUACAGGAGAGAAACCAUACAAGUGUUCACACUGUGAAAAGAGAUUCACUUGCUCGCAAAACAUGAAAAAACACGAGAGAAUUCAUACUGGAGAGAAACCUUACAAGUGCUCACAAUGUGAAAGGAGUUUCACUCAGUUAGGAAACCUGAAAAAACACGAGAAAAUUCAUUCUGGAGAGAAACCUUACAAGUGCUCACACUGUGGAAAGAGUUUUACUUGGUCAGACAGCUUGAAAACACACGAGAGAAUUCAUACUGGAGAGAAACCAUACCACUGCUCUUCGUGUGGGAAAAGUUUCAGGGCAGCAAGGAUUCUAGUGACCCAUAUGAAAAAGUAUUGCCCAAAGUAAUCACAGGGAGCAGUCCAUCUUCAGGAUCAAUGCUUCAAAUAACUACCUGGAAAUUCAGAUAAUCCCAAAGAUGGAAUUUCUCCCACAAGAGCAUCAUUUAAAAUCUCCUGCCGUGAUUAAAUGUGUCCUUGUUCAACAAAGGAAGUUUAGGGGAGGUAAUCGUAUUAACCCUCCUAUGGUAUUUGGCCAUUUUUGAUCAAAAUACAUUUUCCUCAUUUACUAAAAGUAGGUUCCUUUGUCUGAGUAGUACAAGACUUGGUGACUUUAACUCCAUUUGCCUUCUGAACAUACAAAAACAAAUUGGGCUUGAUUUGAUAAGUCCACAUGGUCAUAAAGAAAAAAAAGCAACACCUUUGGUAUUUGCGGUCAAAAUUGACCGACCAUUGAAAAUUAAUGGGCAAGACCAAAAAACAGCAUAUAUUUUCAUCUGUCAAAUAUAAUCAAUAAAUCAGCCACAAUGCAGGAAAAAAUAGACAGAAAUUGUGGUGACUAAAAUAUCCUCAGUGCAAAACACACAAAUGAAUUGGUGUGACAUUUAACAUGCUCUCAAUGCAGAACAGGCACACAUAACUAGGGCAUCAAUAAGUGGCGCUCACAGCCAUUGCAAAAAUUAGUUUGCAAAAUUAGUUUUUACAAUAGAAAAUUUUACACUCUAAUUUAAUUUUCAUUUCUGUUUCUUGAUAUUCAUUUUCAUGACAUUAUUAUGCAUUUACUUUGAGAUAUUACAUUUUUAUGUUUGAAAUAAAUUAUUGGUAGAAAAAUGCUUAUUCUGUGUCUUUGUAACACCAUGGUCAGGUUUGAUUGCAAGCAUAAUGACAUUAACUGCUAAAUCAAUUUUAAAAUGCUAAAUGUUGACAAAUAAUUGAUAGAUAUUGUCUUAAUAGAUAUCCAAAUGCAUAUCUUUUGACAAAAUAUAAAAUUAGAUUACAACAAGCCAUCAGACUACACAGUAGGUGGCUACCGCCAUCCUAUUGGUUGUUACUGGCAUUACAUUUACAUUACGUUUUCAAGUCAUGUUAUUUAAAUUUUAUUUACCAGAUGGCAGCAAUCUGCCAACAGUUUUUCACAUUCUCCUUUUCUUCAUGUUUCAACUUAGAAGUGUAGGUUCUGAAUUUCAUUUUCUUGUUAUCCAAAAAUUAGCUUGUUUGUAUAUGCAAAUUAAUGGUCAAAUUGAGAAAUGUACACGUAAAUAAGAUUAAAAAAAAGCAUGAAAUCCCUAAAGAAAUGUAUAAAUAUAUUGUUCUUGUUCAUUAUCAUAAUAAAGGGUUAUACAUCUGACCCUUUCGGUCAAAAAUGACCACGAAUACCAAAGGGAGGGGCCAUUUUUCAAUACUAUAAGAUUCAGAAAACUUGAUGAUCCUUUUCUGUUAUGAGUGGGCUAAAUUAGUAUUUUAACAGAUACAGUUGUAUGUUAAUUACAUUUUUGUUGUCUUAGCUGUUGGCUGUAUUGUGAUAAAAGCUUAACCAGUCAAUGUGGAUUAAAUGUUGACUGAUUUUAUUGGUUUGAUGAUUAAUAUCUACUUUGGAACUGUCGUUAUAAAAUAAAAGAAAAAAAAAAUCAACGACAAUAGUUAAAGGUGCUGUAAGCAAUUUUUGCUGUUCUGGAACUUCAAUGAGACUUAGUGGUUGAACUAGCCACACCCCCUCUUUUCAAAAAACACACUCCAAAGAUACCGCUGAGACCGAGCAGAGGAUUUGUGUGUCUUCCCAAGAUUGUCAAACACAACAGUAGCAAAAUAUGUAUGUGACAUAAAGCCUCAAUGAUCCACUUCAACUUCAACACUGUACUCAAAAUGAUUGAAAGGCAGACAGCUUUGGAGCCCGCUGUCACAGAGACAUUCUGAUAAAUCUCAGGGCACUUGUUUCAGUGUUGUCUUUUAGAGAGUAGGACAAUUUUCUGAAUACCAUUCCAUAAAAAAAAUCGCUUGCAGCACUUAAGUCCUUGUGGUGGCACAGUUGCUCAACUCAAUCCAGGUGGCGGAGGACAAAUCUUAGUUGCCUCCGCUUCUGAGACAGUUUGCCCAUGCAUCUUAUCUGGUGGCUUGCUGGGCGCAUUACCACAGAGACGUGUGGACGCUCACGCUAUUCCCUGCAAUCUCCACGGACAAUUUACCAAGUGCCCCAUCGAGAGCGAAAACCACUAUAUUGCAGUCACAAAGAGGGUAACCCUCCCUAGCAACCGGGACAAUUUGGUUACAUUGGAAGCCUGGCUGGAGUCACUCAGCACACCCUAGAUUCUAACUCAUGACACCAGGGGUGGUAGUCAGCUCCAUUGCUCGCUGAGCUACCCAUGAUCCCUAUCUGAUCUUUGUAGUAUCUCUUGCUUCCACCAGGACACUACUUGACAGUUACGAGUGAGAAACCUAUUCUGAUUAUUACCUUUCAUACCUUACCUGACAAAAGAUUUAGUCGACAAGCAAAGAGCUAACCCAGUCCUUCAAGAAGUUAUAUUCCACCUGGAUUUGGGAGAAAAAAACCCACCCACUGUAAGAAAGGAACUACCUGAUCUUCCCCUUUUUAUGGGAACGGAACCAUCUCAAGUUAAAAGAUGUCCUUUACAGGAAAUGGUUUAAAGAUUCCAUCAAUUAUUGCUUUGUGUUGCCAGAAAAACUUGAAUUCUUCACUGUAAUCAGUGCAAAUGAUUGUAUGGGUCAAAGGAUUACAUAGAGAACUCUGAAUUUGGCUUGAUCCAUACUGGCCAAGAAUGGCUGCUGAAGUGGAAAAGAAAGUUAGGACUUGGUCGCUGUGUGCAUAGACAGAUUUUUUUCUAACUAUGCUGGGAUUAUUCCUACACAAAACCAAAGGGCAAGAACAGUAGCAAAGUGCCUAUGGGAUCUUUCCGUCGUGCAUUAUGGGUUUCCUGAGUGCCUUCAAAGUGACCAGGCUCCAGAUUUUGAGUCACCACUAUCAAGGAGCUCUAUGACAUACAGGCAUUCAGAAAAUUUAAAUGACACCCUACCACCCAAGAGGAACCCUGUGGAAUGCUUCAAUAGAUCUUUGCUUGAUAUGCUUGGCACAUUAGAGGAAAAGGACAAAGCCCAUAGGAGAGAUUUUGUUAAGCUAUUUGUCCAUGCACAUAAUUGCAUGAUGCAUGAAGUUACAGAGCCUUACCUUUGGUUUUCCAUAUCCAGAUUCCACAUUGAGUUUGCAGCAGUCCCAUAAAGUCCAACACAUAAAGUCUCAACUGAAAGAAAACAAAAUACUUGCCUCACGCAAUGUGCUUAAUAGUGCAGAAAGGAACAAAGCUACUGUAGGUUUGACAAAUGUGUGCCAAUUCCUCCUUAGAGGCUGUGACCAUGUUCUGAGAAGAAUGGUAAAUGGUCUGCACUUAUAUAGCGCCUUUUUUAACCUUAACGGUAUUCAAAGUGCUUUACACUGUGACUCAUUCACCCAUUCACACACACAUUCAUACACCAAUGGCAGCAGAGCUGCUAUGUAAGGUGCUAGCCUGCCACUGGUAGCAACUUGGGGUUCAGUGUCUUGCCCAAGGACACUUCGGCAUGUGGAGUCGUGUGGGCUGGGAUCCGAACAGCCAACCCACUCCACCAACUGAGCUACUGCCACCCUAAAUGUCUGCCACCGUAGGAAGCACAAGUUAGCGGACAAGUGGAAGUUUGAGGUCAAUGUAGUGAUGAAGCAAGCAGUUGAUUUACCUGUCUACACUGUUUGUCCUGAAAACAAGGAUGGUUCUCUUCUUACUCUUAAUAGGGAUCUUCUGCUCCCUUGUAGAUUCUUGCCAGCCAUUCUUGCCUGAGGUUUUGAACCCUGCUUCAUACAAACCUACUUCAAGGCCAAGAACCCAAGAAUCUAACGACAGCGACUUUCUCAUUGAUCCAGAAGAUGAAAAUUCUUUCUGGUGGUAUGACAAUUUCUUACUCGUGGAAACAAUAAGAUACUCCACUGUUCAUGAAAUCUUCUAACCAAGUGAAACACACAUUCACACACCAAUGACGGCAGAGCACCCAUGCAAGGUGCUAGCCUGCCAUUGGGAGCAACUUGGGGUUCAGUGUCUUGCCCAAGGACACUUGGGCAUGUGGAGUCAUGCAGGCCAGGAAUCCAACCUUGUGAUUAUUGGACAACCCGCUCUACCACCUGAGCCAAAGCCACCCCUCAGACAUGCAGGUUAGGUGAGAAGUCGAGAAAAAUGUUUGCUCUCAACUUGUUUUAAACUCUUUUAAAAAGUAUUUAAAACCUAUGAAAUUGCACUCAAACAGGACUAAAUUGAUUGAAACAUUGUUACAUCGGAUCAUCCAGUGUCAGUUGUGUCCUUUGUAUACCGCAGAGUGAAUAUUUCAACUUGGUGAGAUCGUUGCCAGUCUAAUUAAUCCAAAAUAUUGAGUGAUAAAACGCAAUACUAUUUCCAUGUAACAGAUAACAUUUUAUUUGGUUCAUUACAGUGUUUUAUUUUCAUGUUGUAUUUUGAAGUGAUAAUUGUGGAAGUUCUUUGUUUGCAAUUGUGGUCAUAGUUUCAUAGUUAAAAUUCAUGGUUUAUUGCUUGUUCACUGCAGCUCAUUGAUGCUAUGGUUGGUUGCAUGUGCCUGUAGAAAAGAAAAAAAGACGUGAAUAGAGAAGUAAUAAAAUAUAUCUUACUCAUUAUGGAGAAAUAAUUGUAUGUUUCACUUGCCUUUUUUGUUAAACAAAUUAUAUCAUGAUCCACAAUAUGUAUACGCUGACCUAUGAUCCGAAGUAUAGGUCUCUGCAGAACAAUAAUGGGCGUUUUACUCUCUGUGGGAGUUUUCAAUCCGAGUUGGCCAUUUUUCAAAUGAAAAUAGGGAAUCUCAAUGUAGUAAUCAAUGAGUGUUUCCAAACCUGGGCGUUUCUGAACUAUCCAUUGAAAGUAAGGGAUCUCAGUGUAGUAGGCAAACAUGUUCAUUGUUUGAAAAACGUCCAUCCUGGUUUGAUAACGCACUCUCUGUGAUCAGACCAGGUUUUUUGGUCUAGCUGGAUCUCCAAUUUAAUUGUGAGCCUUCCAACCUAACACUAAAAGAUGGCGACUUACAAGCACAGUAGUGUUUCACUCUUCCUAUCUUCUUCACCAAAGUAAGAGACUUUCACCACAGAGACUGUUUUCCUAUUUUCCCAUGGGAUUGAAAUAUAUCUAGUCUAGAAUUUGAGGACAAAAAGACUGUUCUUAUGUGACGUGAACUUGAAUCUUUGAUGUUAAACUUAAAUCUUUGAUUGUGUUUAGUUACAUGUAACUGUUGAAUCCAUCUGAAUAUUUUGAAAAGGAUUUACAUUGUUUACUUGAAUUUAUUCAUUGGAAUUGUGAAUGCCGGUAUGUGUAAAGUAACUUAGAGGGUGCACCCAUGGUAAAUAAUUUAAUUGAAAAAUGAAUGUGAUUCCAUUGUUUGUUUGUUUAUUAUUAUUGUAUUUAUUUUAUUUAAUUCAUUUAUUUAUUGUAUUUCAAACCAAAACUUAAUGAAGAAAAA